AUGCACAAAAGGCAAAGAUCUCAGUCAGACUCGGGUUGCAUCAAGGACCAUGAGUCUACGGGUUGUGGGGGUUUCCAGUUCCGCAUUGCUGGAUUCGGGAACUUGCGCAUACUCGUGCCACUACCGCAUGACGCCGUUCGGCCCAUCUCAUCAAAGGCGGUGAUCAAGUUCGCCGAAGCUCUCCUUCCUGCAGCGCGAUUAGGCACGCGCGCGGAGAGGAAGAAGAAGAAGAAGGGAAACCCCCAAAAGAAUAUGGAGCAGAAGGAUUUGACUGCUCUGUCGGCUGAUUCCUACUUGCCGAGACUCGGUGCUCUUUGGAAACUGCGUACUACGAAAUGA